CCGGGGGGUGGGUUUCAAAUCUGCGAAAUCAACAGUCGCACGCCUCACAAUGCCAUCAUCUUCAGCGCAUACAAGCACGGCGCAUUGCAGGAGCUGCUCGGUCCCGAACAUACAAUCGAUACGGCAGGUGAAAUGAACGACAUGCUGGGUAGUGUGCUCGGUCUCUUCGACCCUGGCCUGCCAAUUCAUCUCGUCCGGGAUAGAGAUGAGCUCGAAAGACAAGAAUUUGCCUUUCUAGCUGAGAAGAAGACUAGACUGUGCCCCAAGUUGGUGAGUGUAUCUGACCUGCGAUUGAAACCGGAUCCGUCUUCGCCAACAGGCUGUGCUCUCUACUGCGGCUGCCAGGGGGUAGGUGAAAAUGAACAGCAGCUAGAGCGGGUCCAUCAGAUAGCUUUGUCGCUGUUCACUGAUGAGUUUAGCCUGCUUCCACAAGACAUGCUCCGUUAUUUGGCAAAAACGGGGGUAAAUUAUAUACGCACUACCUUACUCGUGAAUGAUGAGAGGUUCCUGGGCAUUGUCUUACAGGAGGUCGAGAAGCUUGUCAACAAACAAAAGAUACUCACCCCAGAGGCGGGUGAAAUCCCCCGCAAAGGAAUCGUGCCUACGAUCUUACCAGGAUCCCCGGAGUUAAAAUCAAAACAACUCGGCACGAAGAAUGAUUACAUUUUGAAGGCCUCUCGCCAAAGCCGCGGAAGAGGCCAUGUGCUUGGAGAAGAACUCUCGGAGGAGGAAUGGGAAGUGCACUUGCUGAAUAUGCAAGACCCAAUUAUUCGUGCAGACACAACUUCGUAUGUCCUGCAGCCAUACGUACGGCAGCCCAAGUUCGAUAUCAUCGUAGACAAGACCAGGACGGUGCCUGGCAUACCAAAUACUACUUUGGCGACUGGAUAUGCCCUCUACACGACCAGCCCUGCAUUAUUUACAGACGGAGAGGAGAAACUUGAAAGGAUCCACCAAGUCGGUUUCCAGCUGUUUCUUGAUGAAUACCGGUCCCUCGCUCCUGAAAUGCGACAGCAUCUGGCACUGUAUGGCGGCAACGACGUACGCAGCAUGCUUCUGGUCCAUGGCAAGCGGCUCCUGGGAAUUAUUCAUCAAGAACUAGACGCUUUAGUGACCAAGUAUCGUGUUCUGACGGAGGAACAAGCUGAUUUGCUCCGAAAGGGAGUCAUAAUCACCAUAAUCCCCGGAUCGAGGGAGUUACAGCAGCUCAUCGACUUGCACUAUCAGGGCAAAUUGUCCAAAGACGACUACAUCCUCAAAUCAGUGCGCUCAAGUCGUGGUGCAGGAAUACUCUUCAGCGAUGAGCUGAGCGUCUCCGAGUGGGAGGGAAUCCUCAACAGUCAGAAGACCCCAGAACUGAGUCGGGAUAGAACGCUUUAUGUCAUACAGCCAAUCAUCAAGCAAGCGGAACAGGAAAUGUUCUUGGAUGAGGAAAUAGGGACGCAGACAUGUCAGCAAGUUGGCACAUAUCACGUUGCCAAUGGCAAGUUUCUUGGAUUGGGAGCGUGGAGGGCUGCCGUGUCAGAUCAAAGAACGUGGAACAUGGCAACCGGACAAGCCUGGAAAUUGGGGAGUAUGGUAAUGUUGCAUGAAUAA